AUGUGCUUGAAACAGGCAGCGGGAGGGCAGGUGCAUGCACAGGAUCCCUUACACAAGGCUUUUUCCUCUGUUCCUUUGUUUUUAGGGGAAAAAGCGACCAAGAAGAAAAAAACUCUUCUUCCAAAAAUCAUUAUCACGGGACCCUUGGAUGAUUCAACCUCACUUAACUCGCUGAACGAUCUUCCAGAGUCUCAAACCAUCAGAGAUGUAGCUGAUUAUGGGCCCUACCAGCUGCACAUGAAGCCCAGCACGGUGGAGGCUUACUAUUUCAAGCAAGAGGCGCCCUGAGCGCCGGCGCUGCAGCAGAGCCCCGACGCGUCCCCGGGUGCCCGGACGGGCCGAGCACCGCUGCCCAGGGCCGGCGCCCCAGC